AUUUACGUAGGCAAACAUGGCGGCGGCGUAACAGCAGCAAGUUCUUGUUGUCAUGUAAAGAUUUCCAGAUCAAGAUCCUCUUGAUCUGAUCUGUUCUUGUUUCACCUGCUUAGAAAUGGCAGACGUUCAACCCCCCCAAGUCAAUGCUCCUAAAACCAAACUGAAGAAGAAAUAUCAACAGAAGAUAAGAAAUAUCUACUGUAUUUUGUGUCGCGUGAAUUAUUUAAAGCAUGAAGCACAUGAGCAUAUGCAUAGCAUGCUGCAUCACAGAGAGCUGGAGACAGUGUUGGGCAAGGAUGCCUUCCACGACUGCCAGGCCUGUAAAGCAAAGUCCUUGGGUUUAAAUGAAUACGCCCAGCACAUCUCAACAGCUCAACACAAAUCAAGGUUGAAGAGCCUAAUGACCAAAAACAUAAAAGCCCCCACCUUGUAUAAAACUUUGAGCAAAGAGACCAUCGCCAACAUCUUGGAGAGAAACAAAACACUCAAAAAAGAGCAGAAGAAAGCAAUGAGAAAGCAUAAAAAGCGGGCGAAGCAGAAAGCUGGACAGAAGAUUGAGAAAACACCACAGGGAGCUGUCAAAAAGACAACUGUGGCAUCUAAAGGCGCGAUGCAGACAAAAUACAAACAAAUACAAGUGAGGCAAAUUAAUCAGAUGCAACAAAAUGACCAGGAAAGAAGCAAUUACACUGUUUUUCAAAACAAAGAGAACAAAGUGUCCAGUCUGCAAAGACCUCACCAUUCCAUGGAAUUUACCCAACCCAAUCAAACUGAGAUUCCGGUUUAUCAGUCAGGACAGCCUCAGUUUCAGCAUCAGCAGUAUGUUCAGCACCAGUUCCUCCCAUCAGCUCACCACCAUGGGUUUAACGAUAAGUUCUCUGGCGCCAACCCCAACAGCCAAAUCAGAGUUGAUGUCUUCCAAACAGACAAAUUUCCUAAAAGACCAUAUAACUACCAAAAGGGUGCCACUAACAUGCCAAACCAAACAACAUGGCGUGCCAUUAACAAGCACAACUACAACAACAGGCAGAAUUACAGAGCAGCAGAUGGAGAAGUGGCCAGUGAUCAGUCCUCUCAGAAUGGAACGAUUAUGGAGAAUACUGGGUCUGCAGAGCCAGAAGGUUCUAACUGUUCAGGUCAACCUGCUUCAGCAAACAAAUCUGGUAAUGCAGCUCCUAUACGAGAUGUCGAUGUCGGCGCCAUGCUGAAGCAAAUCAGGAGGGCUCUGGGUGUGAGGGAACCAUGCAGAGCAGAUCGAGAAGCCCGGAAGCAGAACAGUGAGGGAGGUGUCCAGAUGGCUGAUCAUAGCACCUCACAAGAAGCUGAGGCAGAGCAGCCAGCCGGCAAUUCCCUCGGUAGCCACGUCACCUCCACUCCAGCUGCUCCAGCUGCUGGUGUCUAUCCUCCCAGUAUCGCUCCUGCUAGAUCUAAACUGGCUACUUUUAAAAAGUCACAAGAAAUAACACAGUACUGCGAGAAAAGUUCGGCAGCAGUUGAGGGAUUAUCAAACUGCAGCGACAGAGAUUCUCAGCGAUCUGGCAAGAGCUCAGCUUUUCUCACAGUCCAGAUAACACCUUCUGAGCUCAACUCAAGCAAUGCCCGUAAAGUCAGAAUUUCCCAUAAAUCACAUACAGCUAUGGCGAAGAAAGAAGCUGUGAAUAAAUCAACCUGUGACAAGCUUCCUAACCUAUCAGGUGACAGAAAUAAAUUGAGCUGGAAGGAGAUGUAUCAUGGGAUGAAAGGAAAGAAUGCAAGAGGUGCACCCAGGUUUGGAAUUCAAUUAGUAAACCAUCAGACUGAGUAUGAAAGGUUUGCCCAGGACAGUGACUUCCCUUUGUCCGAAGGUUUCCACUGGGAGUCAGUUCCAGACAGUUCUUCAGGCCCACAAUUUACUUUACCACCUUCACCUACCAGCAGUCAAAUGGAGAGACAGCCAGAUUCUCAGAUGCAGGAAUCUUUGGAGCAGCCGGAUGCAGCUCAGAUGAGCUGCAGCAAAAGGAAACCAACACAGAUCUCUUUAAAAGUGGAACCAAACUUGGAGGAUGAGAUAACUGACUCGAGGGACCAGAUUAGUACCGGGAAGAGGAAACACAGUAUGGAAGUAGAUGAUGGCUUUUCUGAAAUGUCAACUGGUCAAAAAAAGAAAGCAAAGUCAAGCAAUGACCAGGAUCAGAUGGACCAGCUGUUGGCUGUGUCCCUCAGGGAAGAUGAGAUGAGCCACUCUUUGCAGGAAUUGGAGAAGUCUCUGAUUCAGGCUCGCAAUACCCUGCAAGCUGCCUAUUCAGAAGUCCAAAGAAUUUUGCUACUGAAACAGCAGUUUACAGCUGAGGUCAACAGUCUGAGAGCAAAGCGUAUUGAGAUCCUGCAGGGAUUGCAAGAGGGAUACUCUGGAGCAUCUAAUGUAGCUGAAAGAGCCACCACCUCGUCAGCAGUACCAUCACCUUCUCUUCCUUCCUUAAGUGCCUUCCCCACCUCCUCAAGCCAGCAACCACCCACCUCAACCCCAACAUCAUCUCUAACGACCCUCCCUCUACCAGCUGUGUCUUUAAAGCAAGAAAUCUACCAUUCUGAUGCUCCUCAGGCCCCUCUGAACCAGCCUGCGCCCUUGUUUACCUCCAAUAUGCUCCCCUCGCUGCUGCUUGUACCAUCACACUUAGCUGACCCCACCGCUGCUACUGCUUCUGUUAAACAACCCACAGCAGAGAGCUCCAGGCCAGUGAACGCACCUUCUCCUAAAUCAUCGGCCAUUCAGCGGGAACAAGAGAAAAGGGAUGGGUUGAUGGGCUGUGUAAAGACAGAGGUGUUGGAGAAACAUGCACAGCCUGCUCAGAUUGAGUCUGUGGAGGAGACUGGAGGAAAUGUAAGCUUAGAGCAGGUCAGAGAGAGAGAGUCUGCAGCAAACAAGUCUGUCCCUGUAAGAGAGAGAGAAGACGCUCAUGUAGACGACGAAGGGAAUGAGAGUGACGAUUCCAUUGAGAUGGUCGAUACCUCCAACCAGGAGAUCAUACAUAUUGACGAAUCAGAGUGUGAGGAGUCACCAGAGGCGAAUGCUCCAGAGAAGCCAGAGGCUCCUCAGAAAUCAGUGAGUGUGGAUUUCAGCUCUGCAGGCACACAGACGUAUCAGCAGUGUGAAACCGAGAGGAAACAUCAACCUUCAGCUAUGCCAGCAAAUGAUGCAAAUCCUCCAAUAGAGUCUGUCGAGGAAAAGGAGCCAUCUUUAGGAGCUUUUUCGAGUCACGGCGGCCCCGUCCACGGCCUGCAAAUCCACAAUGGCUUGUUAUACACAUGCUCAGGGGACAACACAGCUCGGGCAUACAGUCUUGUGAGUAAAGAAUGCCAAGCUGUGUUUGAGGGUCACACAAACAAAAUCAACUGUCUGCUGGUUUCAUCGCUUCCGAACCUGCCGGCGCGUCUCUACACCGGAUCCAGCGACCAGACUAUUCGCUGUUACAGCAUAAAGACCAAGAAGUGUCUGGAGCAGAUCGGGCUACCAGACAGAGUGUUGUGUUUGCACAUCGGCUGGAAUAUUUUGUAUGUUGGGCUUGCAAGUGGAUCAGUUGUCAGCUAUGAGCUGAAGACUAUGAAGGAGCUGGAUGUGUUUGAGUGUCAUGGUCCGCGGGGGGUUAGCUGUCUGGGCACAGCUCAGGAGGGGGCCCGCCGGUUGCUGCUGGUUGGGUCAUAUGACAGCACCAUCAGUGUACGCGACGCCAAGAGCGGCCUGCUGCUGCGCUCGCUGGAGGGUCACACCAAGACGGUUCUCUGCAUGAAAGUGGUGAAUGACCUGGUCUUCAGCGGCUCCAGUGACACAUCUGUACACGCCCACAACAUCCAUACGGGUGAGUUGAUUCGCAUCUACAAAGGUCACGGACAUGCCGUCACAUCAAUAGUCAUCUUGGGGAAAGUGAUGGUGACCGCCUGUUUGGAUAAACUGGUUCGAGUUUAUGAGCUACAGUCUCAUGACCGCCUUCAGGUGUACGGGGGUCACAGCGACAUGGUGAUGUGCAUGGCUGUACACAAGAGUGUGAUCUACACAGGCUGUUAUGAUGGAAGCGUUCAGGCCGUAAAGCUCAAUUUGAUGAAAAACCACCGCUGCUGGUGGCAUGGUUGCUGUCUGAUCUUUGGCAUACAGGAGCAUCUGAUGCAGCAUCUCAUUGGAGAUCACAGCAACCCAAAUCUGCAGACGGUAAAAUGUCGCUGGAGAGGUUGUAACACUUUAUUUGCCACACAGCACUCAAUCAGACAGGAGUUGCCUGAACACAUGCAGAGCCACAUAGAGGAGGACAGUAAGCUGCAGCCUUGAUGGAAAUGGAGCUUCGAGGCGUGCAAGAACUUACAAGUUCAGCAUUUUCGUUAAAUUGGUUUUGUAUAGAUAAAAGUUCUGUUGAAAUCCAGGAACCUACUGAGAGACUGAUUACACCCACUUGCUCAUGAGCAAACUUUGCAGCAACGUUAAGGAAAUUGUUAUUGAUUCCCUGAAAUCAAUCCUAAUGUUUACAAUAUUAAUAUUUUCAGCUGUUUUCUUCAUCUGUAAUCUGCUGCCAGUUAAUUUCUUUACAUUAUUUGAUGGUUGAAAUUAUUAUCGUUGUUGAGCUGUUGGUCAUUUAGAUCUUUCCUAUAAAUAUGGAACAUUGGUAUAAACACAUCAGAGCUUUUUUGAAGGCUAGAGACUAAUAUAACACUCAUAUCUACAUGCAUCUAAUGUGAAGCAGCCUAAUUGAUCUAUCCUAACACUUGGGUUUUUAAAAGAGAACUCAACCAAUUUCACAUCUUACUUGUUGACAUAAGAAGGUCCUGAUGAAAUAAAUCAAAUCAGAGCAGCAAAAUCUGAACCCAAAGGUUUUUUUUUUCUCUUUUUAAGUUACACAUCUUCAUAUGUCUGACGCUCUAACACUGUAACAUGUUUCAAGCCAAACUGUUCAGAUCGGAUCAGUCAUCCAUUUUUUUUAUUUUAUACUAUGCAGUAUGUAUUUAAUUGAAUAUCUACUGUAUGUGUAUGUGUACAGCAAUAAAAAGUAUUAACAGUGA